AUGGUUCAGAACAAGGGCCUCAUCUUCAAGCAGAUUCCCGAGGGAUGGCCAAAGCCGGGACAGGACCUCACCAUUGAGGACCGACCUAUCGACCUCGACCAGAGCCUACCAGAGGGCAGUCUGCUAGUAAAGAACUUUUAUGCGUCCUUCGACCCUUACCAGCGUGGACGCAUGCGUGCCCCAGAAUCAAAGUCGUACUCUCCUCCCUUUGAGCUGGGCAAGCCCAUCACCAACCGAUCCAUCUUCAAGGUUGUAAAGUCCAACAGCGACAAGUUUAAGGAAGGCGAGACGCUCAUCACAACCGGCGUCACUCCGAUCGAGGAGUACUCUAUCCUCAACAAGGACCUUGUAGCCGGAUGCCGGAAACUUGAGAACCCCUACAACCUCGACCCCAAGUACUUUCUCGGCCCCCUAGGCAUGCCCGGCCUCACCGCCUGGUCCUCAUUCUACGAGAUCGGCCAACCCAAGAAGGGCGAGACAAUCUUCAUCUCGGCCGCCUCGGGAGCCGUCGGCCAGCUCGUCGGCCAACUCGCAAAGCACGAGGGCCUCACCGUCAUCGGCAGCGUCGGCGACGACAAGAAGCUCGACUUCAUCAAGAGCGAACUCAACUUCGACGCGGGUUUCAACUACAAGACGGAAAAACCCGCAGAUGCCCUCGCCCGCCUCGCCCCCAACGGCAUCGACAUCUACUACGAAAAUGUGGGCGGCGAACAACUCGAAGCCGCCAUCAACGCCAUGAACAACUUCGGCCGCAUCAUCGCUUGCGGUAUGAUCUCGCAGUACAACACUAAGCCCGCAGAACAAUACCCCAUUCGCAACCUCAUGAACGUGGUUGCCAAGCGCCUCACUAUUCGCGGCUUCAUUGUCGCAGACGAGAACAUGGGUCCCAAGCACGCAAAGGAGCACCAGGAGAAGCUGCAGAAGUGGUUGGCGGACGGUACUUUCAAGGCCAAGAUUAGCGUGACGGAGGGUAUUGAUAAUGCGAUUGAUGGCUUUUUGGGUAUGCUGGAGGGGAAGAACUUUGGUAAGGCUGUGUUGCAGAUUGCGGAUUUGAGUAAGGAGUAG